AUGCGUCUGGCGCUUCCCGGCCCUGUUGGGCCGUCGCAGAGGAAGUUUGCAAAGAAGUCGCACAAGGCGCGAGCGAAGGUAGAGCCCCGUCAAGCAUAUCAGCGGGCACAGCUGCUGAGUUGGCUGGGGCGCCUGCGCUACCUGCAUUCAGCUUGCUGCAGCCCUUUCCUGCAGGCGGUGUGCUUAUCCGUUUGGGGAGAAGACGUCCCCCGGUCCGGGCUGCCGACUUUGGAGGAGUUGCUUUCUUCGUUUCAUGGCUCCCUGCACCAUCAGGCCGUGUUGGAGCCUGUCUGCAGCUCGCUGCUUCUGCAAGCGUGCCACUGCGCUCAGACUCGACAGGGGAGGCAUCUCGAUCUUGCCGUCUGCUUUGUGGCGCUUUGUCGGGCUCUGGGACUUCCAGCAAGGCUCGUGCUGGCCUUCAACCUCGCCGCCCCGAAGCCGCCUCCGAAGAUCAAAGAGGCACCUGCGGAGGCCGAGCCAGAGGAUGUGGCGCAGGUGAUUGCUGAGUCAGAUGAGGAAGGUCCAGGGAUGGAAAGCUUGUUAGAGGGGACCUCCCGUGAAACGGCUAGCACGCUGAGGCAAAUGGGCUUCGCAAAGGACGCGGUCAUGUCGGCCGUGCUCCAAGCCGAAGAGGAUGGGCCGACGGAUGUCCUGGACAGGGCCCUCACGCUCUUGACCGAGGGCUCCCGCCCGUCGCAGCCGAGGCACCUGAAGCGGCCGAAGACGUUCAAGCAGACGAAGCUGCAAGGUGACUGCCCAUUCUGCGGAGCACGCUUUCAAACGGGAGCAUUCUGCACCAACUGUGGAAAGCGUCUUCGUGGAGGAGGGCCAACCGGUGCUGCAGACUUGCAGAAACAGGCUGCUCCCGAUGCUGAAGCCGACGACGACAUCGUGGAGCCUUGGAGGAAAGCCGAGGAAGCGGUGCCAGCAUAA